CUUCUCUAUCCCCUUCACGAAUCUACCUCGGAGUUCCUGUGCUGCCUUCUUUGUCCAUCAUGUCCCGGCAAUCCACCAUCACCUUCCACUCCGGCAGCCGCAGGGGCUUCAGCACAGCCUCAGCCACCACGCCUACCGCGGGACGCUCCCGCUUCAGCUCCGUGUCUGUGGCCCGCUCCUCAGGAAACAGUGGGGGACUGGGCAGGAUCAGUGGUAUUGGUUCUGGCUUUGGGAGCCGCAGCCUCUACAACCUAGGGGGGACCCGGCGGGUCUCCAUUGGUGGAUGUACUGGCAGUGGCUUCAGGGGUGGCUUUGGUGGCAGGGCUAGCAGUGGCUUUGGGGGCAGCAGUGGCUUUGCUUAUGGAGGUGGCAUUGGAGGGGGCUUUGGUGGCCCUGGCUUCCCUGUCUGUCCCUCUGGAGGCAUUCAAGAAGUUACUGUCAACCAGAGCCUCCUGACUCCCCUCAACCUGCAAAUCGACCCCACCAUCCAGCGGGUGCGGAAAGAAGAACGGGAGCAGAUCAAGACUCUGAACAACAAGUUCGCCUCCUUCAUUGACAAGGUACGCUUCCUGGAACAGCAGAACAAGGUCCUGGAGACCAAGUGGAAUCUCCUGCAGGAGCAGGGCUCCAGGACAGUCAGACAGAACCUGGAGCCUUUCUUCGAUGCAUACGUCAAUGACCUCCGCCGGCAGCUGGAUGGCAUCACAGCUGAAAGAGGCAGACUGGAUGCUGAACUGAGGAACAUGCAGGAGGUUGUAGAAGACUUCAAAGUCAGGUAUGAAGACGAAAUUAACAAGCGUGCGGCUGCCGAGAAUGAGUUCGUGGGCCUGAAAAAGGACGUAGACAGUGCCUACAUGAACAAGGUGGAGCUGGAAGCGAAGGUCGACUCUCUGACUGACCAGAUCAACUUCUACCGGAUGAUCUAUGAGGCAGAGCUGUCUCAGAUGCAGAACCAGGUGAGUGACACCUCUGUGGUCCUCUCCAUGGACAACAACCGCAGCCUGGACCUGGACAGCAUCAUUGCCGAGGUCAAGGCCCAGUACGAGGACAUUGCCAACCGAAGCCGGGCAGAGGCUGAGUCCUGGUACCAGACAAAGUACGAGGAGCUGCAGGUGACAGCAGGCCGGCAUGGUGAUGACCUCCGCAACACCAAACAAGAGAUUUCAGAGAUGAACCGGAUGAUCCAGAGGCUCAGAUCUGAGAUCGAUGCCGUCAAGAAGCAGUGCUCCAGCUUACAAACUGCUAUCUCUGAUGCUGAGCAGCGUGGAGAGCUAGCUCUCAAGGAUGCCCGGGCCAAGCUGAUGGAGCUUGAAGAUGCCCUACAGAAAGCAAAGCAGGACAUGGCCAGGUUGCUGCGAGAGUACCAGGAACUCAUGAACGUCAAGCUGGCCUUGGAUGUGGAGAUCGCCACCUACAGGAAGCUGCUUGAAGGCGAGGAGUGCAGGCUGAGUGGAGAGGGAGUUUCCCCAGUGAACAUCUCUGUGGUCACUUCUACGGUUUCCAGUGGCUAUGGUGGUGGUGCCAACAUUGGAGGUGGAAGCCUGGGUCUUGGUGGGAACAGUGGCUACUCCUUCACGACCAGUGGUGGGCACAGCCUGGGCACAGGUCUGGGAGGCUCUGGCUUUACCACCAACAGCAGCCGGGGCCCAGUGGGCAGUGGCUCCAGCAUCAAGUUUGUCUCCAGCACAUCAUCCAGAAAGAGUUACAAGCACUGAGGUGGCCAGCAGGCAGUCUCCCUUGCCACUGCUCCGAUGCCUCUUUACACUUAUAACUGGAUGCCUGGGGCUCGUCUCUCAUAUCCUCUUCACAAUAGCACCCUUCCCAGCUGCCAGGGAUCCUGGCAUCCUGGCUAAACCCAUUCCCUGGCCUAUGGCAGCCUCCUGACAGCCCUAGGCUGCUCCUGGUACUUCUUUGUGUUAGACACACAGACCCAAAGCUCAUGCCCCUCCAAAGUUCACAAUAAAUGGACCUGCCAGGGCAGGGCAUCUGCAAACACCCCCAGAUAUCUACAGAUGCCCCUUCAGUACCACCUGCCCCUUUCCUCCAGAUGCAGCAGUGGAGGAGUCCGUGUCUCCCAGGCCAUCCUCAAUGCCAGGCUGUCUUGUCCUUCUCUGGCUGCUUAUAAACUACCAGCUAGAGUCAAAGCUCCUCUGUUUCCACCUGGAAUGUGCCUAUUAAAUGCAUGUGUCAUGUGUUUGGCUCAGUCCUCUGUGUGCAGUGCUGAUGAGCCUGGAGCAACUCUGACUCUCGGGCAGCCUCAGCCAGUGUUAUUCCAUACAAGCAGUACUCAAGGCACAGCAGCUCUUGCCCCUUCCAGAGGAGCUGGAGGGGGGAUAGAGAAGGGGGGAGCAUGGGGAGGGCAGCAGACCAAUAGUCUUCCUCCUCUAGCGGCUCCUACUCUUUGGAAUGCUUGUUUGGGAAGUCCCAACCCCUGGGCAGAGCCCUGCCCAGCCUCCUGCUCUGUAUGUCAUGCAGGGUGAGGCUAUACCCUCCCCAAAUCAGCCUGUGUUCCUGGGACAGCACUGACGUAAGAUGGGUGGUCAAGGCACUGGCCAGCAAAGGAGCUGAUUGUUCCCUGACAGCUUCAAACUUGUAGACCUGAGCAGAGAAAUAACAGAGCAGGAGAGGAGUUAAAAGUCAGCCCCGAGGCCAAGGAGCAAAUGAGCCCAUAAUUGCAAGACAGGGAGACACCAGGAAGCUCCUCAUUCCUCAGUUUAUAGUCUCCUGGACCCCUCCCCUCAGGACCUAGGGGGAUGAUGGGACUAACCAAUGAAUGGGAUGGAGGUGUUUGGUCAGGGUGGGCUUGUCACAUAGGAUUACUGAUAGGAGCUGCCAACCAGAAAACCACCCACGCUCAGAAAGGAGAGAAGUUCUAUCAUAGGAGUCAGAAGGGAAGGAUGUGAAAUAAGAGACCAAAGUAUAGAAUGGUUGAGGGUAACAAUCUCAGAGUAGACAGGAAAAACUGUGCAAAUAAUUGCCAAAUUCACUAGCUAAGACCAGGGAGGAAAGAAGAGGGUGGGAAUGGGGGGGGGGGCCUCAGACUACUUCUUAGGAAGGACCAGAGACAUCACUUUCCCCUGCUAUGUGAAGCACAGGAUUCUGGGCACACAGCCCAAUCAGCCACUGGGUUCUAGUGUUGUCUCCAGGAUUCCCUGGCCAUAUGACCUGCGUGACAAUGGUUGCAGGUAGAAACCAAGGACAAAAACAUCCAACAUUGGAAGGUAAACUGUUGGAGUUUGUCUCCCAUGAUACUGCUC